GGCCACGCCCUCCCUGUACUGCGAGGAUGUCAGCAGCAUCCUGUCACACGGCUGCUGUUGAAGGAGGAAGUGUGUUAGUCCAGGACGCCCUCUGCAACCAUGUCAAGCUCUCUGGUCGUGUGUGAUGUUGAUCCGAGCCUGACGGAGAAACUGAAGAAGUUUCGCUUUCGGAAGGAGACCACCAACGCUGCCAUACUGAUGAAAAUUGAUAUGGCGAAACAGCUGAUCAUAUUAGAAGAGGAAUAUGAGGACAUUUCUCUGGACAAUCUGAGAGAAGAGCUUCCUGAGCGCCAGCCUCGAUACAUAGUGUACAGCUACAAGCUGACGCACUCUGACGGCAGAGUGUCCUACCCACUGUGUUUCAUUUUCUCCAGUCCUGUCGGCUGUAAGCCGGAGCAGCAAAUGAUGUAUGCCGGCAGUAAAAACAGACUCGUCCAAUCUGCUGACCUCACCAAGGUUUUCGAAGUCCGGAAUGCAGACGAUCUCUCUGAGGAGUGGCUGAAAGAGAAAUUAUCCUUCUUUCGCUGAAAUAUCAUGCCGCCCAUCAGGAUCAGUGCUCCGCCCAUCUGUAUACUGAAGAUCAUUAGCGGGGAAGAAACUUGCAUCUGAUCUCAGAUCAGCGGAGAAAAGGCAUCACGUGUUCACUUUCUGAUUUUUUUUUUUGAGUUGAAAUUUGUUGAAUAAAGUGAAGCGCAGGUGAACACAGUACUAGAUCUGAUUAAAGUUCCAGCUAAAAAAAAAAAAAGUUAAUUUUUUUAAAUCACACAGCUUUGAAGUAUUUUUCUGUUCAUGUUUUUUUUUUUAAAGAUAUACUGAUUUUUAAAUAUGUAUUUAAUUUCAUUAUUGUUUUACAGCAGAAAAAAGAUGGUAUUGAAAUAAAUAUAACAAAUAAAUAUUAA